AUGUACUUGUUAGUUGCUGGACUGUUCCAGGAAGUGAAGCAUCCCAUAAUGAACAAGACCAGCCCAUGCCCCAGCCUGAAUGAUGACUUUUUAGUUGCAGGAAUGUUCCAGGAAGUGAAGCAUGCCACAAUGAACAAGACCAGCCUAUGCCUCAGCCUGGGUGAUGACUCAUCAGGCAACACCAGCAACAGCUGCUAA